AUGGGUCUCUUUUUCCGCUUCCUCGCAGUUACCGCUCUGGUCUCGUCUACUGUUGUUGGCCAGAGCGCAGGCCCAUCUCCCACUGAGUCUAUUGGCUGUGAGCCACAUGGCGACCACUGGCACUGUGACGGCCCGGCAUCUACUUCCGCUUCCUCUGUGACAUCGACAACUGGUGGAACUACAUUGAUCACAUCUACUACAGAGUCACUUGCACCUAGUCCGACUGAGUCUAUUGGCUGUGAGCCCCAUGGUGACCACUGGCACUGCGAUGGCCCAGCAUCUACAACCGGUGAAUCCGAGGCGACCACAACUACUGGUACCAGUACUGCUUCUUUGGCACCCAGUCCCACCGAGUCUACCGGCUGCGAGCCUCACGGUGACCACUGGCACUGUGACGGACCAGCCGAGACCUCGAGUGCUGCCGCUUCAAGCUCCAGCGCCGCUGCUGGAGACGAGGACAAUGGUGUGGGGGCUCAAGGAGUGCAUGUUCUCCUACUUACUGGGCUGUCACUGGCCGCAGCGGGUCUCAAUCUUUGA